GCGCCUAUAUAAACCAACUUCACACUUCUUAGUUCAACCCAAAAAAGGAAACCACACUCCAUUAGCUCACUCCUCUUUCCACCCCAUCCACACAAAACACUUGUUUUCCGAAAAGCCAUGGACACACAGCUAGAGAGCUUCUGGGUUUUCGCCGUCUUUGCUAAAUGCAAAUCCUUGUCUUCCCUAAACACCCUUCUAGCCCUCCUCUUCAUGUGCAUGGCUUGGCUAACCAUGUCCUUUCUCUUCUGGGCUUUUCCCGGAGGCCCAGCAUGGGGAAAGCACCACUGGAAGAAAACAGAUCAUCAAAUGACCAACAACCCCAUUCCCGGACCACGAGGGUUUCCGAUCCUCGGCAGCAUGAGCCUUAUGGCCAAACUAGCUCACCGCAACCUCACUAAAGCGGCUGAUCAGUUCGGCGCACGUCGUCUCAUGGCGUUCAGCCUCGGUGAUAGCCGUGUCAUCAUCACAUGCAACCCUGAAGUCGCCAAGGAAAUCCUCCACAGCUCGGUUUUCGCCGACCGACCGAUCAAAGAGUCGGCUUACAGUCUCAUGUUUAACAGAUCUAUUGGAUUCGCGCCUUACGGGAUGUACUGGACUACCCUUAGACGAAUCGCCUCUACUCAUCUCUUCUGCCCUAAACAAAUCUGCGCUUCGGAGCCCCAACGCUUCCAACUUGCCGCCGAAAUGGUGUCCAUCGUGGCGGCACGUGGCUCUAACGCUCGCAAGUUCUGCGUCCGCGACGUACUGAGGAGAGCUUCUUUGAACAACAUGAUGUGCUCUGUGUUUGGACGUAAGUAUGAGCUGGGGGAGUUGAAUAAGGAAACCGAGGAACUGAGUCAGCUUGUUCAAGAAGGUUAUGAUCUGUUGGGAAAGCUUAACUGGUCUGAUCACCUUCCCUGGCUGGCCGGUUUAGACCUCCAGAGCAUCCGGCACAGAUGUUCCAAACUCGUUCCCAGAGUAAACAGCUUCGUUAGCCGUAUUAUCAAAGAACAUAGAGCAGAAACUGGCCGGCAUAACCAUAAUGAUUUUGUGGACGUUCUUCUCUCUCUUCAAGGACCCGAAAAAUUGUCCGACCACGACAUGAUAGCAGUACUGUGGGAGAUGAUAUUCAGAGGAACGGACACUGUGGCGGUUCUGAUAGAGUGGAUCCUAGCGAGAAUGGUCCUCCAUCCCGAUAUCCAAUCAAAGGUUCACGCCGAGCUGGACCGGGUAGUCGGAAAAUCAAGGCCGUUGACGGAGACCGACAUCCACGCAAUGGUAUACCUGCCGGCAGUGAUCAAAGAGGUGCUAAGGCUCCACCCACCAGGCCCACUACUCUCCUGGGCCCGCUUGGCGAUCACAGACACUGUCGUUGAUGGAUACCAUGUGCCUGCGGGAACCACAGCGAUGGUGAACAUGUGGGCCAUCAUGAGGAGUCCACAGGUGUGGUCGGACCCGCUAGAGUUCUCGCCGGAGAGGUUUGUGUCGUCCAAGGAAUCAGCUGACGUGAGCUUCUCUGUGUUGGGGUCUGACCUAAGGCUGGCGCCAUUUGGGUCUGGCCGGAGGAGCUGUCCUGGAAAGUCGUUAGGGUUGGCUAUGGUGAGCUUCUGGGUCGGAUCGCUUUUGCAUGAGUUUGAGUGGAAGCGGGCUGAGGCGGUCGACCUCUCGGAAGUGCUGAAGCUAUCAUGCGAGAUGGCAAACCCUCUCACUGUUCAGGUGCACCCGAGGCGCAGAUAAGCUAUGGCAUCUCUCCUCACACUCACCCCAAAGAAAAAGAACUACAUGGAAGAAGAGUAUUAUAUGGUUUUUAGAAGUUUUUACGUACUGAGAUGUUAAAUCUUAAUUAAGCCUCUCUAUCUCUUGGACCUGUACACUUGGUUUGAUCAUGUAUAAUAACGGUCUAAGCAAUAUGCGUGUAGCUAGUAUGAUACUUAAGCCUUAGCCUUCGGGGAACAACAUGGAAUCAAUAUGUAUUUUGUAACCAGUGUUAGUGAAUGCUUGAGAGUGAUUAAAUAUACAUGGUGCUAUAUAUUCUCCUGUUUGUAUGAUCACACUAAUUUUGAAAUAAAAUGUUAUGU